UCGAAUUCCCGAAACCCUUCCAUGCAACAAACAAAAAUUAACAAUCCGAAUAGGCAAAGUAAUCUAACUCAAGUCCCUUCUAAUUCGAAUAAACCAACCUCCCAACAAUGCUCUGUAACUAAUUCCCCCCCAACAAACUCAUCAUCAAAAAUAACUAACCAUCCUAAUAAUCUUAAUAUAUCAAUCCCAAAAACUAACUCUGUAUCAACCCCAAACAAUACGCUGAAACCUAAAUAACACCUUCAAAAAAAAAAAAAAUACUUAUAUCAAUCCUCCCUUGAAUAAUCUAAAGAAAAAAAAUAAUUAAAAAAAAAAAAAAACAAUAUAUUCCAAACAAAAAUAUUACAAUUUGUUUUAUUAUUCUUAAAUAUAAAUUAUCAUCCAACACCAAUGAUAUCUUCUAAUCUUAUAAAACCUAAACUAAACAAUUUUAAAAUCCUAUGUUGGAAUAUACAUUCCCUCCUACCGAACGAUGUAGACCUGUCUUUCCUAAUCCACCAUCAUGACCCAGAUAUAGUAAUGCUUUCUGAAACCUGGAUGAAACCCCACUAUCGAAAAAGAUUCCAAGGUUAUAAUUGUUUCAGGGAUGACAGAGGAGACGGCUACGGAGGCCUUAUUACCCUAAUUAAAACUAAAUAUAUCUCAUACCCAAUCGCUUUUAACCUAAAUGUGUUUGCAGAUGAGCGAAUAGAAGCUCAAUUAUCUAAAAUAAUAAUUGAUGGCAGCGAUUUCUUUUUCAUAAAUUUCUAUAUCCAUCCAAACAGUAAAAUAUCAAUAGAAGAAUUACGUAGUUUUUUUCAACUAAACGAUUUAUCUAAUAAGACUUUUAUGCUCUGGGCGGGCGAUUUCAAUGCCAAACAUCCUGUUUGGGGAUAUCCUACUAGUGACAGAAGAGGCACUGAGAUUUUUGAUUUCUCGCAACAACAGAACCUCUUCAAUAUUAAUUCUAUAUUCCCCCAACCUACUAGGCGAACAGCCCCAGGGGAAAACAAAAGUUACACAGAUCUUGCCUUCUGCUCAGUAGCUUUAGCUUUAGACUUUGAUUGGGAGUCACUAAAUUCAGGAAGUAGUGAUCACUUCCCCUGCCUUUACACCUAUAAGAAGAACACCGAGAGAAUAUCAAAUCCAUCUGAGCAAUCUAAUUUACUACCUCUGAAAUCUUUGAAAAACUGGACGACAUUCAGAGAGGCUUUGGAUAGAGUCCUGGACCAACCCUUCUAUUCCUACGAUCUUUUCAUAGAAAAAAUAAACGAAGCUCUUAACGUAGCAGUUAAUAAGGAAAACAAAAACAAUCCCUCAACUCCCCAAACAAUAAACACUACCCCCAUCAAAGAGAGAAAAAAAAGGUUUAAAAAAAUACCUUGGUGGAACGAGG